UCGGCGACCCGGACCAGCGCUCAUUUGCUGGCUCGCAGCUGGCUGGUGUCGCCGGGGCAUCCCACGACUGAGCUCGCGGCGGCUGCCACCGGCCUGCCCGCCAUGAGGAGCGCGCACCCUCUGGUCCUUCUCUCCCUGGUCGCCCUUUGCGGGCGCGGGGAUUGCCGCCUGGCCAACGCCGAGGAGAAGCUGAUGGAUGACCUUCUGAACAAAACGCGCUACAAUAACCUGAUCCGCCCAGCCACCAGCAGCUCGCAGCUCAUCUCCAUCCAUCUGCAGCUCUCUCUGGCCCAGCUCAUCAGCGUGAAUGAGCGAGAACAGAUCAUGACCACCAACAUCUGGCUGAAACAGGAAUGGACUGACUAUCGGCUGUCCUGGAACAGCUCCCGCUAUGAGGGUGUGAACAUCCUGCGGAUCCCUGCCAAGCGCAUCUGGCUGCCUGACAUCGUGCUGUACAACAACGCUGAUGGGACCUAUGAGGUGUCUGUCUACACCAACGUGGUGGUCCACUCCAAUGGUAGCAUUCAGUGGGUGCCCCCUGCCAUCUACAAGAGUGCCUGCAAGAUUGAGGUGAAGCACUUUCCCUUCGACCAGCAGAACUGCACGCUCAAGUUUCGCUCCUGGACCUACGAUCACACAGAGAUUGACAUGGUCCUUAUGUCGCCCACAGCCAGCAUAGAUGACUUCACUCCCAGUGGUGAGUGGGACAUAGUGGCCCUCCCGGGGCGAAAGACGGUCAACCCGCAAGACCCCAGCUACGUGGAUGUGACCUAUGACUUCAUCAUCAAGCGCAAACCACUCUUCUACACCAUCAACAUCAUUAUCCCCUGUGUGCUCAUUACCUCGCUGGCCAUCCUCGUCUUCUACCUGCCAUCUGACUGCGGCGAGAAGAUGACACUGUGCAUCUCUGUGCUACUGGCACUCACCUUCUUCCUGCUGCUCAUCUCCAAGAUUGUGCCACCCACCUCCCUCGAUGUGCCACUCAUUGGCAAGUACCUCUUGUUCACUAUGGUGCUGGUCACCUUUUCCAUCGUCACCACCGUGUGUGUACUCAACGUGCACCACCGCUCCCCCAGCACCCACACCAUGGCGUCCUGGGUCAAGCACUGCUUCCUGCACAAGCUGCCUACCUUCCUCUUCAUGAAGCGCCCUGGCCUUGACGGUAGCCCCACAAGGGUCCCCCAGCCCAGUCAGUUGCGCCUGACCAUGACUGAGGCUACUGCCACCUCUGUUGUGGGCCCCGCCAGCCCCUCCAACCUCUACGGGAACUCCAUGUACUUUGUGAACCCGGCCCCUGCAGCUCCCAAGUCUCCAGCUGGCUCCCACACUACGACAGCAGGGAUCCCCAGAGAUUUCCGGCAGAGGUCCUCAGGGAGGUUCAGACAGGACAUGCAGGAAGCUUUAGAGGGUGUCAGCUUCAUUGCCCAGCAUAUGAAGAGUGACGAUCAGGACCAGAGUGUUAUUGAGGACUGGAAGUUCGUAGCCAUGGUGGUGGACCGGCUGUUCCUGUGGGUCUUUGUGUUUGUUUGCGUCCUGGGCACCGUGGGGCUCUUCCUACCUCCCCUCUUCCAGACCUACACACCAUCCCAGGGGCCGUAG